UUAUUUACUGAUUCAGCUUCCGGGAUGGAAGAGAAAACUAAAAAAGUUUUACUUUUUCUUGUUUUUCUCCAUGUUGCAUGGGGGUUUCUCGAUUUCGAAGAACUUGAAAAUGUGCAUUAUGGCAUAAGUAUACUAAAUGAACCAAAACUUUUGAAUGAGGAGGUAGAUGGAUCUGUAUUCCUGGCAUCAAUGUAUGGCCAGCCAUAUCAAUGUAUCUACAGAGACCUUGUAUCAGAGGAGAAGAAGGAGAAGACGGAAGAAGCUGAGGCACUGGAGAUAGGAAUUCCAGAGUUACUGAGGCCUAUGGAGGGAAGCCCAUGCCUCGUUUUUACUAAAGGCUGGUGGACCUAUGAGUUCUGCUACAGAAAGCACAUCAGACAGUAUCACAUGGAAGAUGGGAAGCCAAAGGGAAACAUCAUGUACCUCGGCUACUAUGAAUCUGACUUUGAAUGGGAUUCAAACAUAUCUGACGAUGGAACUCAAGCACGUUCUAAAAGACGUAACAAAUUGAACAAGUACCACAGCCAACAGUAUGUGAAUGGCUCCAAAUGUGACCUAACUAGCAAGCCCAGAGAGGUGGAAGUUAGGUUUAUAUGCAAUGCUGGGGAGGGUGACUAUAUUCUGAGGGUAGAUGAGCCAGAGACUUGUAUCUACACUAUAACAGUGAGCACCACCAAGAUAUGCCACCACCCAUACCUGAAACCACCUCCCACAAACAAACCUGUGCCAAUUGAGUGCAAUCCUGUCCUAAACAAACAGCAGUUUGCUGUCUAUCUGCAAGAAAAAGAAGAGGAAAGAGUUAGAUUGGAAGAAGAAAUGAAGAGACUUGAAGAAGAGAAGAUAAGGAAAGCUGAAGAAGCUAUGCAAAAACUGAAAGAUGAAAAACUAUUAGCAGGUAGACUUCCAACAGAGUGUAGCUUGCCCAAGGAUAGUGGUCCAUGUAGAGCACUGUUCAGACGCUGGUAUUACGACUCUGAAAUCAGUCAGUGCCAGCCUUUUAUCUACGGUGGAUGCAAGGGAAAUGGAAACAAUUUUGAAACUCAGCAGCUGUGUCGAGAAAAGUGUGAUAUAAAACAACAAAUGGCAAGCAAUAAAAACAGUCCUUUAGAUGAAAGCUUGAACUUUGAAUCAUUUGGUGAGUUUGGUAGAUCCAAAGAAUUUUCCUCAACCGUAGAUGCUCUAACAAAAGCUUUUACAGAGGGUCUUAGAAGUAGUGUGAAAGAUAUGAUAGGGGAUGUGGAAGGUUUUGAUCAAGAUUUAUUGGAACCAGAUGUGCAGAUUGAAGAUGUCAAAAUGGUUGGAGACCCUAAGGACAUUGAUAAAGUUAUCAAAGAGGCACUUGAAACUGCUAAAAACCAACAGAAAUCUACUCCUGGUUCACAAAAAACUAAAGUCCCCAAAGGACCUGUUGAGUCAGAGAACGUGAAAAAUACUCCGCAAAGUGGAACAGUAUUGGAUGAUGUGGAGAAUGAAGCCAUUGAUGGUGAUACCAGUUUAGAUGCUGAAGAUGAGGAGGACGAGGAUGAUGAUGAAUUCUUAGAUGACUUUGAUGGGGAUUACAAUAAGAUAGCAGACAAUAAGGAGAAGAGGGUAGCCAUUGGGGCACAGAAAGCUAAGAUUAAAGAUGCCAUGACUGCCAAGUUUGGAGAUAUAAUCAAGGAGGCAGAAGCAGAGGAAGGAGUGGAAGCCAAUGAGGAGACAAAGGGUCAUGCCUAUACGCAACUUGCCAAAACAUUAACAAAACUAUUAGAUAGACUAGAAAAAGCUGAAAAAGAUAUACAGAAUGUGGAUGAACAUAUAAAAGGAGUAAAAGAAAAUGAUUUAGAAAAACCAGUUCAAUCUACAACAAAUCUUGAGGCUGAUAAGAGUAAUACAGCUGCAGUAAGGGAUUCUUCUACAUCAGUGGCCAAACCACCAGACAAGACUAGCACAAAUGAUGAAGAAAAUAUAAAAAUAAGGGUUACCAGAUUAAAAGCUGGUGAAUCGAUGGAGGAUAUUAAUAAAAAAGCUUCCUUGAAGAUACCUGAUGAGCAGAAGGAAGAGUUAGAAAACACAGUAAAAGAAGAGUUGGAAAAGGCAGGGCUGGACACGGGAGGUCGGCCCAUUGAGAUAAAGAUCAUUGCCACUGGUUAUAUGGGUGAAGAUGAUGAAAAUGUCCAUACACUAUCUGGGGAUGAAACUAAAGCCUUUAAUAAAAUGCUAGUAGCCUUUAUAGGGGCAGGUGGUCAGGAGGCACAUAAAGAGCAGAAAAGACAAGAUAAAAUGGAAGAGAAUUACAGUUACGUUUUUGGAAAAAAUAAAAAAUCUCAGUCUUCACAAUCAGCAACACAACCAAAAAUAUAUGGGGGAGCAUGAGAAAAUAUAUUUUUGAGAGUGCAUGUUUCAACUAUCAUGGUUGGGUUUAGUAUUAUAUAGCACUUUAUUUAUAUUUAUUUUGUUUAUGUUUAUUGUUGUACAGUUUAUUGUUUGUUAAAAGUUGAUUCUGCCUUAAAGGGAGUGCAGAAAUUAAAACUAAAAAAGUUCAUGAUACUUGGACUUAUAAUGCAGGAUUCAAGAUGCCGAAAUGUUUCAAUUCUGCCUUAUAUUUUUAUGGAGGACUUGGAAGUUAUUAUACUUUUUCAAAAUAGAAUCUGAAAAUUUGGGGAACUGUGCAAUUUGUUGCUGUCCUGUGUUACUUUUAUAAACAAGUAAUGUCUUAAUAUCUUAAUAUAUGUAAAAUAUGUACAUUAAAAGAGGGUUUUUUGAAUAUGGUAAGAUAAACCAGAAAAUGGAUUUAAAGUUAAAACCAAGGGCCAAAAAUUUAGAUGGGACACAAAAGUUCUAGUAAGGACCCAAGAUUGUUUUCAUCUAAUGUAUCUAAAGUUCCAUAAAAUGCCCAUUUUUGGGCCCCUACAGCCUAAACUACUUGAUCCACCUUAGGUGUGUGUUUGUAUGUAUUUUGUCAGAAUUAUCAUUCCAUUUGCAAUUUAUUCAUUUUACUUAAGAAUGCAUAAAAAUAAUGCAACAUGCAGGCAAAAAUUGAUUUGUCAUUAUUUUGUUUUUGAAUCAUUUCCCAAAACAUUUCAAAGAAUUCCAAAGUAGUUCUUUUAUUUUUACUAUGAUUUCCAUGGUUAUGGCAAUGAAAACUGUUUUGAGAAAUUGAUCUUAGAUUCAUUUUUCCAAUUUUUAUGUCAAGGUGCAAAAUAUCAGAGAUUGAUUACUGUAACAGUGCAAUACACUGCUAAAUAUGGUGCACAUGACUCAAUUAUCAAGUUGAAUUCAACUUAGACAACCAAUGAUUGAGGUUGAUUUUUCUUAACAUGAUUUAAAAAUGCUGAUUCUAUAUGUAGCAAGACUGUAUUAUUAAAGAUGUACAUAAUCUGGAGGCAAGAGGUCAUUCCCACCUAGAUACAUAAUUUUUACAUUUCAUUAUAUUCAAGAGUUAUUUUUAUCUCAUAUGUUGUUAUAAUAUUUGCUUCUUUAUUAAUGUUUCCUUGUGCACCCAGCAAUUAUUUGAAUUCUUUGUAUUUUAGAUUAAUCACACGUGUAAUAUCUAAUUGAGAAAUUAUUGGUGUUUUCAUUUUUUCUAUUUUACUUAGUUUUCAUGUACCAUGUAAAGAAAUUCAUUGACCUGAUGAUUUAAUGAUAGCUAACAUACUUGUAAGGUAGUAAUAUACAGGGUGACCCAAAAAAGCAGCCAUCUAACUUUGGAACACUUACUACACGUUUUGAAAGCAAUCAAGAAGAUUCAAAUAAUGGGAAACACAGAGUACCCAAGUUUAUAAACUUAUGGUUCAUAUUCUAUACAAGGAAGUUCAUUAAGAUUCCAUCAUAUUAGAAAAUUUAGAAAAAAUUGCAUUUUUGGGUCACCCUGUAUGUGUUUUCUCCAUGUGUAGAUUGUUAAUUACUUGACUUCGGUUUUUGAAGACAAUGUGUACUUUCAUGAAUUGGUUAAUUAAUUUGUGAGAAUGAAGAAAAACAUUCUUCUUCUUAGGUAAAACCAACCAUCAUGUAAGUAACUGUAACAGUAACACUAACUGUUAUUGACUAAUGAUUCUUCAUUGUAAAUCAAAUGGUCUCAAAUGGGAGAGUCUCUCGCAGAAAAUAUAGAUCAUUAUAAUUAUUCCCUGAUAUUUCUAGAACAUAGAAAUUCAGCGUUUUCUUAAGAUGUAAUCCAAAACUGUUUCAAAUAGACUAACUAUUUUUCGACAAAAGGGAAACUGUGUUGUGUUACAUUUUCUUCAUGCAGACCUACAUGUAGCUACCUUCUCUAGACACGAUGAUGUGAUCAAGUUGGACCAGCUCAGCUUUCGUACAUGAACAAAAGUAUUCUUUCUCAAACAGUCUCAUAGAGAACUCAAAUACUAUACUCUUUUAUUAAUUUUAUUUAUUUAUUCAAGUAUGAGGUAUUACUAUUUUUAACUUAUUUAAUAUAAUGUCCAUUAAGCCAAAAUUAAAUGUAUACUGUCUGUUUAAGGCUGAAGUACCCAUAUAUGGAGAGAUUGUCUUUUGACCUCAUGGUGGGAACAGUAAAUCAAUAGAAUUUUAGAAUACCUAAAGAUAACUGUUCUUACAUGAGUCUUC